AUGGCGUCUCCGCCCAAUGCUGAGCCGCCACGGCGUGCUGCAGCAGCAGCAACCUCCAGCAGCACCAGCUCCAGCUCCGGCUCCGGCUCCAGCUCCAGGGACGAGGGCGCAGGCCUAUCGCAGUCACUCAGCCAGCUGUCACUCGGCCAGCGUGGUCCGCGAUCUCCCGGCCUCUCGCCAUCGCCCUCGACGCCUCGGACGCCCUUAAAUGCCCCGAGCCAUGCCUCUCCCUCCACCUCUCCCUCUGCCCGCGCUCCCUCCCUCAGUCCCUCAGGCAGAGACUCGCGAGCUGCAACCCCCACCCUCGUCCGCAAAGCCUCGAUGAACUCCCUGCACUCGGCCAGUGGCCUCGGCUCUUCGCGGCCUCUAUCCAGGCGCUCCAGCCUGGGCGUCAUGUCACCGGGCUUGAGGGCGUCCUUUGGCAAUCCCGAGCCCGAGUGGCGGCCCCCGGUGACGCCCAGCUCCGUGGCGAACGGCCACUUCAAGGACGAGCUCGAGGCCCAUCACGGCCCCGUGUCCACGCUCUACACCGAGACGGUUGUCGUCCUGAACGAUGCCGUCUACGGCCACCGCUUCUCGCGCCCACGCACCCCCAAGAGCGCCCUCAACACCAUCGUCGAGCGCCCUGAGCGGAUCAAGGCCAGUGUUCUUGGUGUGUCUGCGGCCUAUGUUCGUCUCGGCGAGCGUCACAGCGACGGCGCGCUGCCCAUCUUGCCCAAGAGCAAUGUCCACAUGCUGCCCAGCAUCCCCUUUCGCAUCCACAAGACGGACCGGAGGCUGUCACUACUGUCACCUGCCGUCACCAAUGUACAUGGCACCAAAUGGAUGGAAGAGUUCAAGAUGAUGUGCGAGUCGGCCGAGUCCAUCUUGGCUCGUGGAGGAAAGGAGCUGCAGAGGCCGUCCAUAACCCGGGGCCCCGACCAUGCUGCCCCUGAAACGCUGCACGAGGGCGACCUCUACCUUUGCAACGAGUCGCUAGAAGCCAUCGAGGGUGCUUUGGGUGCAGUGUGCGAGGGCGUGGAUGCCGUCUUCUCUGCCGGGCCGCGGCGUGCCUUUGUUGCCGUUCGGCCUCCGGGACACCAUUGCUCUGCCAACCUGCCGUCAGGCUUCUGCUGGGUCAACAAUGUCCACGUGGGAAUCAUGCAUGGAAUCCUCAACCAUGGCCUGACGCAUGCCGCCAUCAUCGACUUUGACUUGCAUCACGGAGAUGGCUCCCAAGCCAUCGCCUGGGCGCACAACUCUCGAUCCAUGGCCGCGACCAAGAACCAUGCCGCCUGGAAGAAGACGUCCAUCGGCUACUUUAGCCUGCACGACAUCAACUCUUAUCCCUGUGAGAAUGGCGACGAUGACAAGAUCAAGAAUGCAAGCAUCUGCAUAGAGAAUGCGCAUGGCCAAAACAUCUGGAACGCUCACCUGCAGCCGUGGAAGACAACCGAGGAGUUUUGGGAUCUCUACGAGACGAGAUACUCGAUACUUCUCGACAAGGCACGUAGCUACCUCAGAGGCCAAGCGGAAAGGCUACGAGACGCAGGCGCCAGCCCGCGAGCCGUCAUCUUCCUGUCUGCUGGAUUCGAUGCGAGCGAAUGGGAGAGCGCGGGAAUGCAGCGCCACAAGGUCAACGUGCCCACCGAGUUCUAUGCUCGCCUCACCCAAGACGUGGUCCGACUGGCCGCAGAGGAGGGCCUCUGCGUCGACGGCCGCAUCGUCAGCGUCCUGGAGGGCGGCUAUAGCAACCGAGCACUGACUUCCGGCAUCAUUAGCCAUCUCAGUGGCCUCGUAGGGAAGCAGAACGUUCCUCAUCGAAGCCGCCUUUCUUUCCCGCAGGGUGAUGACUACAACGAGGAAGAUGACCACGUCCCGCACUCCCCCGCUUCCAUCAACCCGUACGAUCCCUCGUGGUGGUCGGCUCGUGAGAUGGACAAGUUGGAGGCCGCUGUAGCGCUCCCUGAUAUUACGCCGAAGAAGCCGCGUAUGGCUACGCCCCCGACCUACUGUACGCCGACGCAUGCUUCUACGGCCAGGGCUGUAGACCCUCUCAGGAUGCGGCGAAGCAUGUCGACUCUGGUCAACAGGUCGACAGUCUCCAGCCGCUCUCCAUCUCCGUCGCCCCCUGAGAUCCCAUGGACGGUUGCUGCAAGCGAGCUGUCGAAGCUCCUCAUCCCACGAGAUCGCCAAACCGACAGCUGCACUUUUGAGGAACUGAACGCCGAUGCCGCACGGGUACGACGCGACAGACAGUCCGCUGGCACUCCGGAACUCGAGCGAUCAGCAUCGAGGAUGUCGCUUCGCGACCGCAAGCCUCGGGCCAUUGACCCCAUCCAGGAGGAGCACCAGUCUCGGCAGACGAGGGACCGGAGCAAGACUGUGGCCACCAUUGCAGCAGAAAAGGCGACCGCUCGCGGACAGACGCCGCAACCCAUUAUCGGUCUGCCUCCGAAGAAGUCCAACCGACGGCUUACCGCGUCGUCGGCUGUUCCCGCGCAACGCAGCGUCUCUCGUGCCGCAGCAACUCACGAGGAACUGCCCCUUCGGCCUUCAACCUCCGCGGGGCCUAUCGCCGGGAGGCCCCUCUCAGUUGCAGGGCACCAGGCCCAGAGCCCCGGCUCUACUGGCAGAAUUACCGUCAGGAGAUCGCGGCCCACCUCAUCGAGCGGCGAACCCGCCCCUAGGUCGCCCAUGGUCGAAGCCGGAAAAGAAGCUCCUGCGCAAGGAACUACGGCACCUGCAGUAUCAAGGCUGGACGCUACUAUUGACGACAUGGAUAAGAUCACCAAAGGAAUCAAAAAGAUCAAGAUCAACUUAAUCACCCAGUCGCAAAAGGAGGCACGGGAGAAGGCCCGCCUCGAGGCUGAGGCCGCAGCUGCAGCCGCUACCGCGUCUGGUGAGCUGCGUCCCUCCCUGUCAACGCCCAACUUUGAGCACGUUACACCAAGGACUCUUUCUCCCGAAGCGAGACAGGCCGUUCCAAACGUGAGCUCGCCUCGCUCGGCCAAGGCGAGCGAUGAGGCUCAUGAGUUUCUCCAGUACCAGCCUGAAGGGCCACCUCCGGUGCCCAUGACGUCCCAGGAGCCGCUCAAGUGGCUUCCCCCGUCGCUUCCUGCUGGCCCUCCAACGGUACAGCCCGGCCUCGUGAAGAAGAGCAGCACGCUCUUCCAGUAUGGCGGCAGCGGCACCAUUCCCUUUGCCAAGCAGCCGGCUAACCGAAGCCCGCCUGCUCAGAAGGCACAGAGACAGCCAAGCGGUUCUGUCAGGGGCACCCUUUCGCCCAAGAAAUAG